GCGAGUGCGUGGCAGGAGAGGUGGAGUCAGUUUAGCCCUGCAUUCUCGCGGUUUGUUGCUGGGGCGGGUUCAGGGGGCGGUUUCUCUGGCAAGUCGUUCUUGUGUGGGUGUUAUCUUUGUUGCUGAGGACGUCUGGCUUUUUGCUACAAAGACUGUUGACUUUGGUUGUUUCAGAGGCUGCGUCUUCUUCAGGUAGAUAUAGUUGGUUUCUGCAUAGGUUACAGGCAUCUUUCCCUAGGAUUGCUGUAGGCUCCGCGCCCCUAGCAGGAGAUAUGCCACGGGGACGAAAGAGUCGGCGCCGCCGUAACGCAAGAGCCGCAGAAGAGAACCGCAACAAUCGUAAGAUUCAGGCCUCAGAAACCUCUGAGACUCCGAUGGCUGCCUCUGUGAUCCCGAGCACCCCCGAGGACGACCUGAGCGGCCCGGAGGAAGACCCAAGCACUCCGGAGGAGGCCUCCACAACCCCUGAGGAAGCCUCGAGCACUGCUCAAGCCCAAAAGCCCUCGGUAACCCGGAGCAAUUUUCAAGGCACCAAGAAAAGUCUCCUAAUGUCUAUAUUAGCCCUCAUCUUCAUCAUGGGCAACAGCGCCAAGGAGGCCCUGGUCUGGAAAGUGCUGGGAAAGUUGGGGAUGCAACCUGGCCGGCAACACAGCAUCUUUGGAGAUCCAAAGAAGGUCGUUACAGAAGAGUUUGUGCGCAGAGGGUACCUGAUUUAUAAGCCGGUACCCCGUAGCAGUCCCGUCGAGUACGAGUUCUUCUGGGGACCUCGAGCACACGUGGAAUCCAGCAAGCUGAAAGUCAUGCAUUUUGUGGCAAGGGUGCGUAACCGAUGCUCCAAGGACUGGCCAUGUAAUUACGACUGGGAUUCUGAUGAUGAUGCAGAGGUGGAGGCUAUCCUCAAUUCAGGUGCUAGGGGUUAUUCUGCCCCUUAGGGAAAUCUGGGGCACACCCUUGGAGGGGGUUUGGAAGGAUCUUCAAAGGUACCCCAAGUAAUAGAUCACCCUUGUCCUAAGUUGAAUAUAAUGGGGAGGGGGGCACUGUAUUUGGUAUUUGUGAUCAGUGCUAAUUGUUUAACUGCGAAAUAGAAUGUCUACUUUGGAUAUUGUAAAUUUUAUUCAUUUUAAUAUAGUGUCAAUUAAGGUCACAAUAUGUUUUAAAACAUAAUUGAAGGAAAGAUAUUUUUCUUUUUUUUCUGUCGUUGAGAUUUAGUAAAACAGUUUUGCUAACGUUAUAAAAUGAAGUCUUUCCAUCAUAUUCUGUGAUCUGGUAUAUAUUUUAUAUCACUGAAAUAGUCUGUUCUUAAAAGUUU